AUGCAGUCCUACUCGCAUCUCUACGAGUCGAUGAACCAUUCAUCCGCAUCCAGCUCGCCUCAUCCUACGUCGCCCGGGGGCUUCAACAUCCCUUACACCGGUUCUCCAUCCGCUACCCAUCUCGGUCCCGGUACUCCAGGUUCGAGCAACAUUACCCAAAACCCCUUGUCGUCCUUUGGUGCUUUCUACAUCCAGCAUCCCACCUCGUCGCAUUCUACUCACGCUCCGUCAGCGAGCCAUCAUCAGCACCACCAUCUCGACUCAUAUGCUAGUUCGGCAAACACGCCCCACCAGCAUCUCUCGCCCGGUGCCGAUCAUCAUUCCUCCUCGAGCGCUUCCGUUGCCGCCCUGUCCAACAGUGGCCGCUUGAGCUGGGCCAACUCCCCGGCUGACUCAUACCAUGGCGUGACUUCCAACGCCACUACCCACAGCAGUGGUGCUGAUAGCCACUCUAGCUUCGCUAAUCACAAGUAUCCCUGGGAUAUCAACCCAGCCACCAUGCGUCCCGAUGGUGGUCACAUUGGCUCGCCUUACUCUGCCUCCGAUUUGCUCCAUCCUGCCACUGCCAGCGCCUUGGGCUUCGAUGACGAUUCAGGUUCUGGCGGUAAUGUGCGUCCUCGUGCUCGCAAACGCACUCGAGCUGAGGACGAGCCACGAUCGCGUCUCUCGUCCUCCAGCCGAAGUCGCACCCGUCCUCGCAUCCCCAGUGCGCUCUCCAAUGCUAACAGUCCAGCAAGCGACUUCCAUCACAGCAUCUCUUCCUAUCACGCUGAUCCAGAAGAUACCGACAUCACCGCUUGGAUCAACGCCGGCGAUGCGGAAGACUUUUCCGCCUCGCACGUUUCGGGCGCGGAUCACUCUCGCCUCUGGUCCUCCUUUGGCCCUGGCAUUCCAACCGACGCUAGUCAUGCCGCCAGCCCUUACCACGGCUCUGCCACUGCUUCAGCCCUGCCUGCCUCUCUUUCAAACUCUCGCGCUCAGUCCAUAGUCGAUUCCGACGACUUUGGAUACCACGCCUCUUCCGCUCUCCACGCUGGUCCCUCUAACCUUGGCCUCAGCGUCUCGAUGCACGACCAGGAUGCGCUUGAUAUCAAAUCCGAAAUUGCACAGCCUGUCCAGGAUGAUCCCGCUCCAGCUGAAGACGAACCGCUUUACGUCAAUGCUAAGCAGUACCAGCGAAUUCUCAAGAGGAGAGCGACCCGAGCUAGAAUCGAAGAGCAGAGGAAGAAGGAUUUCCUCGCCUACAUGCACACCCGCGACCAGGCUCGCAAGCACGGCGACGGUCUCGAUGAAGAGGGCAAGAAGCCUUACCUCCACGAGAGUCGUCACAGACAUGCCGUUAGGAGACCAAGAGGCCCUGGUGGAAGGUUCCUGACCAAAGCCGAAAUGUCGCAAGCCGCUGCUACUGCUUCUUAG